AUGGACUUGCUGUACAUAUUUAACAUGAUAGUUUCCAUUCCAAUCAGCUUUCUAGUUUCGUUUUUCGGCGUGUUUGCCAACGUUUUGAACCUUAUCAUUUUCCUCAACCAGAAAAACAAAGACAGCAUCUCAGUAGGUCUGGUGGCGCUGAGCUUCUCUGACCUGUGGCUGGAACUGAUUUCGUUAGGAAGUGCCGUGAUCAAGUCUAUGGAGGUGCUGCAGCUGUUCCCUACAGAACUUGUCGACCUGCCCUCUCUCAUCUACGUGGCUGUAACAGCCCCGUGUAGUUUCUUCUAUGACGUCAGUGCUGGCACGGUUGUUCUGAUAUCGCUGGAGAAAUGUGUUUGUGUUUUUAGUCCCUUCAGGGCCAAGCGGCUCAUCACACAAAAACGAAUGUUGGUCGCCAUCGGAGUGGUCUACGCUUUCGAAUUGUCCACGUAUAUUCCAUUUUUUUCUAGCACUUAUCUGGGCUGGGAACCUAAUCCUUUCACCAAUUAUAGCCUGUGGCUUAUCCUACAGACCACAGAAAGACUAGAAGUUACCUUUCUAAUAUUUUCAUACUUAAAUACUCUGUUCUACCUAACGUUUUCCCAGCUGGUCGUGAUGUCUUGUACUAUUUUAAUGAUCUCAAGUUUGAACUUCUCAAAACGGUUUCGGUCACGGACAGCAGCAAGUUCUACAUCGUCCAAACUCCGAGACAAGAAAGAAGCCCGGCUGGUCAAGACAGUUCUGUACAUCGCUGUCUCAUUUUGUGUCUACAAGUUUAGCUUUGUUCACACUGGUGGCAAGUUGGCAAGUUCAAGAGAACUGAAGACACCUUUAGCACCCACUACUGCCCUGAUAAUAUUUUCUAAAGGUUCUACUUUCGACGAGAUGAAGUCAUCUUUAGCUCCUACUUCUGCCUAG